AUGAAGGAUGCUGACAUGUCUUCUGGAGUAGCAGUGGCACGUGUUUCACAAUUAAUACCGUGGCAGGGCUGUGACGGCUCGGUUCUUCUCGACGCUGGCGGUGAGAAGCAAGCCGCGCCGAACAAUGGGUCCAUCCGUGGCUUCGGUGUCGUCGACGCCAUCAAGGCCGGCGUGGAGGCCGCGUGCCCCGGCGUCGUCUCCUGCGCCGACAUCCUCGCGCUCACCGCGCGCGACGGGACGUUCCUGCUGGGCGGGCCGACCUGGAGAGUGCCGCUCGGCCGUCGCGACUCGACGACGGCGAGCCGGGCUCUGGCCAACGCGAACCUCCCGCCGCCGACCGCCGACCUGUCCACGCUGAUCUCCCUGUUCCGCAGGCAGGGGCUCUCGCCGGCCGAGAUGACGGCGCUGUCGGGCGCGCACACCAUCGGCCUGGCCCAGUGCCUAAACUUCAACGGCCGAAUCUACAACGACGCCAACAUCGACCCGUCCUUCGCGGCGCUGCGGCGGCAGACGUGCCCGAGCUCCGGCAACAGGAACCUGGCGCCCAUCGACGUGCAGACCCCCGGGGCGUUCGACGCCGCCUACUACCGGAACCUGCUGGCGAAGCGCGGCCUGUUCCACUCCGACCAGGCGCUCUUCAACGGAGGGUCGGAGGACGCGCUGGUGCGGCAGUACAGCGCCAGCCCCGCGCUCUUCCGGAGCGACUUCGCCAAGGCGAUGAUCAAGAUGGGCAACAUACAUCCGCUCACCGGCAGCGCCGGCGAGAUCAGGGCCAACUGCCAUGUCGUCAACAGCUAGCUCAUCGAUCGGUCGAUGACUAACUGAUACGUAUACCGCUCAAACUCAGGGCGUGCAGUCGUGGCGUUCUUCAUCUCGUUCAAGAAGAUAUAGUUGCGAGACAAACUCUAAACUAUUACUCACAAAGUGUGUAAGAGCAUCUCUGAUGCCAAAAACAGAGCCUCCGUACAAAAGAAAAUUGUCAUUUCACACACUUUGGAAGAAGAAAAAACAGCUCCAGCAGAUGCACGCUUUGUGAGAGAUUAGUUUUGGUGGUGUGGGUGUGUUCGUCUUCGAGUACCUCGCACUCGCUAGACAUCUUGUAAAUUGUUUUGCUCUCUUCUAUAAAAGUAAGGCACGUGCUUUGCGUGCUCUCGGAAUUUUUUUU